GCGACAGUGGAAGAUGCACAAAGUCGGCCUGCCAGAAUCAGGACGACAUCCAUGGGAAUUGACAGAAGCUCCCAGCUCUUGUUUAGUUUUACUGCAUUACUGGACUUGGUUUACAACCCUGACUUCUACAGCAGUAGAACUUAAGAGUCUUCAAAUUAAAACUCUUGCUGAAAGGGAACACCAAUCUGACAACUCCUGUCAUCCCUCAGAGCACAUUGACAUUGUGCAUAACAUUUCCUGACCUGGAUUAUGAUGCCCAUUGUUGGACUAUGGUCUCAAGAAGAUGGAGAAGUCAACGCGCACCGUCACUGAGGACUAAAGCAAGACCUCAUCUCAUAACACUGUCACCCGUCCUCUUCUUCAGACCACUCUAAAGCUUCAGCCAACCCCAACCACCCUGUCACAACGUCCCACUAGGACUAGGACUGCUGCAGAAACAGAGUCCCGGAGGUCGCAACACAAGGGUCACAAGUCAGGGUUCAGGGGGUCGCUGGGCUGAGGAAUAGUGCACAGAUCUCUAUCUCACAUUUCAGUAUGUUGUUCAUUGAUUCCCACUGCAUUGUAUUAUAAUGCGCAAAUGGAUGCUGACAUGGAACCUUCAAAAUCUCUUCUCGGGACUGUACCUACAUGCAAUCUUCCUAUUUGGCAGUGUAUGUGUGGUCUACAGUGACUGCACUCCAGAGCAACUUGCCGCCAUCAUGAACUGCUCCAAACAUGAGCGCCACACCAGGAACUACGACUACAUGGAGGGAGGAGAUGUGCGUAUCCGUCAGCUGUUCAGCCGCACGCAAUGGUUCCUAACAAUAGAUGACAGAGGCAAUAUCAAUGGCACUCAAGAUCCCACCGACUGCUACAGUAUCCUGGAGAUCAGGACAGUGUCUGAGGGGGGCAUACUGGCCAUCAAGGGUGUGAAGAGUCAGCGUUAUAUCUCUAUGAACAGGGCUGGAGUACUGCAAGGCAAGGAUACCUACAACGAAAACUGCAACUUCAAAGAGGUUUUCCUAGAAAACUACUUCAACGCUUACUCGUCUGCAAAGUGGACUAAAAAUGGCAAAGAAAUGUUCAUAGCCCUGUCUCAGAAGGGAAAGCCAAUACGAGGGAAGAGGACCAGGAGGGAGCAUAUAGCAUCUCACUUCAUCCCUAUGAAAUGCAGGGAGGAGGAGAGGAGGGUGGACUGAAACAGCACAGGACUAAGUCGCAAAUUGUGCAUGAUUUCAAUCACAUAUUAUAUAUGUUAACAGACACAUGUAAACUCAUUACCAACAUCACUCUCCACUCUCCUCAAGUUGUAGAUUAGUUGUGUAUGUUCCAUAAUAUGUUGUCAUUUUCAUAUGAGAAAACAAAAGAUAUCAGAUGGGCACAUUAAAGUAUUUCAAACAUCCUCAAAUAAGAUGCUGAAAUAAGAAAUUUUGGAAAUAUUUGAAAUAGCUUCAACUGAUACACAAACUGUAAGACCACUAAAGUCUACUCAAUGUUAUUGUUAUUUUGAGUUAAAUAUUAUGUUUCCUUAUAAAACAGUUCAGUGUUUUCUUAUAAAACAGUAAAAUAUAUUACACACAGUCAGGACUGAAUCCUUUUCCAAAAAUGAUUGACACCCAGCCAGAUGAGGAGACCUGUAUGAUCAACAUAAAUGUGCAUAACAGAGAUUUGGCUUGACUUAGAUGUGCUGAAGCAAGCUGGACUUGUCUUUUUUAAUGGUACAAGUGCUCAGAGCUCACAAAACUGAGGCACAAUAAAUACGAUUACGACAGCAUGUUCAGGAAAAUGAAAGUUUUUGUAGGAUGAUCUGUUUGUGGAUGACCUGUUUUGAUCUGUCUGUCCUUCCUGCAUUGAAAACCAGACUCUGGUCAAAUGCAUUGUAGCUGCUCACUGAUUUCCUCUUCAUUAUCAAGGUGUGAUUUUGAAAUGCUAAAAUGUUCUGCUGCUGCUGAAAAGAUAUCCAGAUUAAAAUACAAAAGUGAACAACAUAAUAAAUGUGUAUGCUAUGCAAUCUCUUUCCAACAGAGUUAACAAUCCUGUACACUAUUGAAUACUUAUUUAUAAGGAGAUUAUUUUUGGUUUCAGUUAAAACAUCACCAUUUUACUAAGUAUGAAUGAAAAUGUACCAGGAGAUCGACUUCCACACAUAUCCAAAAAGGCCAACUUUCUCUGUAUGAUGUCACUGUAAUAUCCCAAUACUGACUACAACAUUACAAUACCUUAUAAUUCACAGUUGUAAGUUAUUUGUUUUAUUUAUACACAACAGAUGAGUUAUAUGUUAAAGCAUCACUUUUCAUUACAAUGUGAUUGUUCCACCUGCAACAUUUACCGUGCAACUGCUGAAGCACAGAAUUACAGAUCGCAUUCACUGUUUUGUUGACCACUAGGGAAUAUAAAAGACUCCACAAUAUACUCACAGGAACUAGCUCAUCACGUAACAUGUUAACAAGCAAUGCCCUACAUACACAUCCUUUUUACGUAAUUUUUCCAACAUUCACAAGCACUUUCUCCUGCUGUGGUCUUGACCUUUUGUGAGGAAAAUGUCUGGUACUCGUGGACUUGCCAAAUGUUCAACCUUUGUGUAAGCAGCCACUCUGCACGUCACCUGAGCAUUUCCUCACACCACACACCUGCUAAUGUACAACCCACGUCUGUGAGCAGUGUUGAUUCUUUGUGGAUUUGACAGCAACUGAGUUCUGAAGUAAGAUGAAGAGGGAAUGUUAUUCUAUAAAAAUAAUACACCCUCAUUAACUCAAUUAAUCGGA